GCGGGGAUCCCUCCCUCCCACCCCUCCCCUCCCCCCCGCGCCCCGAUUCCGGCCCGAGCCGGGGGGGAGGCCGGGCGCCCGGGCCAGAGUCCGGCCGGAGCGGAGCGCGCCCGGCCCCAUGGACAGCUCGGCCGUCAUUACUCAGAUCAGCAAGGAGGAAGCGCGGAGCCCGCUACGGGGCAAAGGUGACCAGAAGUCAGCGGCUUCUCAGAAGCCCCGGAACCGGGGCAUCUUCCACUCCCUUUUCUGCUGUGUCUGCCGGGAAGAUGGGGAGGCCCUGCCUGCCCACAGUGGGGCUCCCCUGCUCGUGGAGGAGAACGGUGCCGUCCCCAAGCAGACCCCAGUCCAGUACCUGCUCCCCGAGGCCAAGGCCCAGGACUCGGACAAGAUCUGCGUGGUCAUCGACCUGGAUGAGACCCUGGUGCACAGCUCCUUCAAGCCAGUGAACAAUGCCGACUUCAUCAUCCCUGUGGAGAUUGAUGGGGUGGUUCACCAGGUCUAUGUGCUGAAGCGGCCCCACGUCGAUGAAUUCCUGCAGCGGAUGGGAGAGCUCUUUGAAUGCGUGCUGUUCACCGCCAGCCUUGCCAAGUACGCAGACCCAGUAGCUGACCUGCUGGACAAGUGGGGGGCCUUCCGGGCGCGGCUGUUUCGUGAGUCAUGCGUCUUCCACCGGGGGAACUACGUGAAAGACCUGAGCCGGCUGGGCCGAGACCUUCGGCGGGUGCUCAUCCUAGACAACUCACCCGCCUCCUACGUCUUCCAUCCAGAUAACGCCGUACCCGUGGCCUCGUGGUUUGACAACAUGAGUGACACGGAGCUCCACGACCUCCUGCCUUUCUUCGAGCAGCUCAGCCGCGUGGAUGACGUGUACUCAGUGCUCAGGCAGCCUCGGCCCGGCAGCUAGUGAGGCGCCAUGGGGCCAGGACCUGCCCCUGACCAUACCCGCACCCCUCACACAUGGACUCUUCCUUAAGAAAACUCAGCGCCAUAGGGAAGUGGGGGUCCCCCCACCAGCCUGGCCAGGCUGUGAAGCGGGGCAGCAGGCUGCACCGAGGGCAGUAAGCCCCUGGGUCCCUGUGUCAGUGCCUUACGACCUCCUCCUUCCUGGGGGACCUGUGGGGCCCUGCGUGCUGCUCCCCCUUUCUCUCUCUCUUUCUCUCUGCACCGCCAUGUUUCUCUGCUGCCAAAUUGGGCCCUUUGGCCCCUUAUGGUUCUGCCUGGGGGAGGGGCAGGGGUCUUGCUGCCCCACACCUUAGGCCCCCAGCCUGGGAACAGUGGACACCAAGUGCCUUGCAUAGUGCCCUCUUCCCUGCCUGGUUUUCCCAGGGCCACAAUCCGGGUCAGCUACUGCUUGGAACAACCUUCAGGUUGCUGCAAUCUAGGCUGGUGGGGGAGGACCCAGUCUCUUCACCUCCUCUCUUGGGACUGAUACAGCCCCCCACCAAUCUGCCUAGGAGGGCAAGAAGGGAGAAGAUCUGUUACUACUUAUGAAGGGAGUAGGGCCCCAGCAUCAAGCUUCUCUGGGCUUGUCAGUACCUGAAGGCUGCUUCCCACAUCACCUGAGCUCCAACCGCUCACGUCCACUUUGACUGUCCCGAGGCCCUGGGGUUCGGCCCCCAGGUCCCAGCAUGGGGGCAGAGGCAGGAUCCCUUUGCGGUGCCAUAUAAAUAUGUAUAUGUGUAUAUAGAUUUUUAGGGGAAGGGGAGAGGGAAGGGUUGUGGUAGAGACACCCCUCCCACACCUCUUUCCUGGGCCCAUUAAUUGUGGGGAGGGAGGGAAAGGAUUUUUACAUUUUUUAAACUUCUAUUUUCUGAAUGAAACAGGCUGGGCCAAGGGGCCCCAGGCCCUGUCCUCUGUCCCUCACACCCUCUUUGCUCCGUUCAUUCAUUCAUUUAAAAAAACAUUUCUUGAGCACCUUCUCUGUGCCCAGUGCUAUGCGAGGCCCUCCAGCAUAGGUGUGUGGGAGUCUCUACACCACCUGACUGGUGCCUCUCUGACCCACCCCAUACUUCACCGGUGCCUUUAGGGGAUCUGUAGGAGGUGGACCCUUCUUGUGGGGUUUGGGGGUCUCCAGGAAGCCUGACCAAGCUGUCCCCCUCCCCUGUGCCAACCCACCCCUGCAAUCCUCUGCCUUGCCCCCUGCUGGCUGGGGGUUAGCUCCCAGGACAUCUGCCUUCCAGCUCUGACUCCUUUAUCUGGAACCCCUCCCCCAAAUGUAGAGUCUGGAGGUUAAGGCCUUGGGCUCUCCCCAGGGCCUAAAGGUUAAGGGGACCCACGUACCAGUGCCAAGGGGGAUGUCAAGUAGAGAUGCCAUUGCCCCUUCCUCCAGGAGAGCUGGGGAUGUGAGGGAGGACAAGGUUGGUCUGAAUCGGGUGACCCUCCCAUUUAAGUGCCUUCUCUGUUACGGAGAGCCCCACAGUGUGAUAACUAAAGAGAAAGCCAGACCCCCCCUUUA